GUUUCAAGUCACUGAGCUUGUGGUACUUGGUUGUGGCAGCCUUAGGGAAUGAAUAUACGUACUUUUUUUUUUCUUUUUUUGAGACGGAGUCUCGCUCUGUUGCCCAGGCUGGAGUGCAGUGGUGUGAUCUCGGGUCACUGCAAGCUCCACCUCCCGGGUUCAUGCCAUUCUCCUGCCUCAGCCUCCCGGGUAGCUGGGACUACAGGUGCCUGCCACCACGCCCAGCUAAUUUUUUGUAUUUUUAAUAGAGACGGGGUUUCACUGUGUUAGCCAGGAUGGUCUCGAUCUCCUGACCUCGUGAUCCACCUGCCUCAGCCUCCCAAAGUGCUGGGAUUACAGGCGUGAACCACCACGCCCGGCCGAAUAUAAGUACUAUUAAAUUAACUCUCCCCUUCUCUCCGUUUUCUUCUAAAUGAUCAUUUUUGCCUAAGCAACAGCUAGGGUCUAAUACGGAUGUGUUGACUCACUUCAAAGUGGGGGAAGCCAGUCCCCAUGUGCGCCCAAAGCUCCUGCUGUCUUGGCCCUGGGCUCAGAGACUGGACCAUCAUUCUGGGGGCUUGCUGAAGAUCUGAGCCAGGGCACCAUUCUCUGUUGCCUUUAAACAAAGGCUGGGCUUCCUCUUUUCCAACAAAACACCAAAUGGCGGAUGACGCCGGUGCAGCGGGGGGGCCCGGAGGCCCUGGUGGCCCUGGGAUGGGGAACCGCGGUGGCUUCCGCGGAGGUUUCGGCAGUGGUAUCCGGGGCCGGGGACGGGGCCGGGGCCGAGGCCGCGGAGCUCGCGGAGGCAAGGCCGAGGAUAAGGAGUGGAUGCCCGUCACCAAGUUGGGCCGGUUGGUCAAGGACAUGAAGAUCAAGUCCCUGGAAGAGAUCUAUCUCUUCUCCCUGCCCAUUAAGGAAUCAGAGAUCAUUGAUUUCUUCCUGGGGGCCUCUCUCAAGGAUGAGGUUUUGAAGAUUAUGCCAGUGCAGAAGCAGACCCGUGCCAGCCAGCGCACCAGGUUCAAGGCAUUUGUUGCUAUCGGGGACUACAAUGGCCACGUCGGUCUGGGUGUUAAGUGCUCCAAGGAGGUGGCCACCGCCAUCCGUGGGGCCAUCAUCCUGGCCAAGCUCUCCAUCGUCCCUGUGCGCAGAGGCUACUGGGGGAACAAGAUCGGCAAGCCCCACACUGUCCCUUGCAAGGUGACAGGCCGCUGCGGCUCUGUGCUGGUACGCCUCAUCCCUGCACCCAGGGGCACUGGCAUUGUCUCUGCACCUGUGCCUAAGAAGCUGCUCAUGAUGGCUGGUAUCGAUGACUGCUACACCUCAGCCCGGGGCUGCACUGCCACCCUGGGCAACUUCGCCAAGGCCACCUUUGAUGCCAUUUCUAAGACCUACAGCUACCUGACCCCCGACCUCUGGAAGGAGACUGUAUUUACCAAGUCUCCCUAUCAGGAAUUCACUGACCACCUCGUCAAGACCCACACCAGAGUCUCCGUGCAGCGGACUCAGGCUCCAGCUGUGGCUACAACAUAGGGUUUUUAUACAAGAAAAAUAAAGUGAA